GUGUACGCGGAGGAGGAGGAAGACCGGGACGACGGCGUCGACUGGGACGGGCUGCCGCCGGGCGCGGACCCGUUCGGGACGAAUAAGAAGGGUGGACGAGAGCGAGGGAUGCGGAAGCGGAAUCAAGUGAUGACGUUCGUGAAACACUUGCGAGCGCUACUUUCGCUGCGAGGGCGAAGGGAGAUAAAGAGGUGCGUCGAUUUUGGAUGCGGUACGGGGAACGUUUUGAUGACGUGCGCGGCGACGUUUCCGGAAAUCGACUUCGUCGGCGUCGAUUUGAACGCGACGAGCAUUGAGAUUUUAAACUCGAGGAUUCGGAAAUCGGGGUUGACAAACGUCAGCGCGGUGGUCGGAUUGAUCGAAGACGGCGAUACGUUCGGGGCGGACUGCGCGUUGGCGCUGCACGUGUGCGGGAGCGCAACGGAUCGAGUGUUAAACAGCGCGGUGCGAGCGAGAAUCCCGUUCGUCAUCGCGCCUUGUUGCGUGGGCAAAGUUCAAGAGGGUGGGAUGCGAAGCUUGAAUCGCAUGCGUAACGAUUUGAUUUCGCUCGAUAAAAUAGAAGACAUCGAGCGGCCGAGGUCGAGGCUGAUGCGAGCCGCGGGUUUCGAUUUCGAAGCGUACAUGUCUGCCGCGACUUUGGCCGAUUGGAGCGGGCACCAGGGCGUGGAUCCGAGCGAUCCGAACGAGCCUCUCGCCGCGCUUCCGAGACGCGCGAAGAGCGCCAUCGAGGCGGAUCGUGGGGAGUUUGCACGAGAGCACGCUUACGACGUGACGUUGCACAAGAUGCCCGCGCAAAGCGGCAUUCGCGAUGACGUCUUGGUCGGGAUCCCACUUUGA